AUGGCACCGCCCAACAAGGACAUGCGACGGCCAGACCUGAUUGUCCCGUAUCAGGAGCCGACAACGUCCUCGGCCAAGGCCGACUUUGCGUCGACGCUAUCAUCGACGAUGCCCAUGGCCGCCAUGUUCACGCGAAACCGGUUUGUCGGAUGGGCCGCCGUCAUCUUCUCCAUCCAGAGCUGGCUCGGCGAGAGCGAAGAGGCCAAGAAGUCGUCGUCGACGCCCGGCGUCUUCUCCGUCGUCAUGUCCGUCAUGGCCCUCGCCGUCACCUACAUGCCACUCUUCCUGCCACCGGUGGCCAAGCCUGGAUCUCACGGCACGGGCACCGGAGCCCCAGCCGCCGUUCCUCUGCAAUGA